GAGCUCAUCGUCAUCACGACCCUAGAGAAGAAGGGGAUCGUCUAUGGUGGUCCAAGAGCAUCGAAGAGAUUAAGGAUCGGGUGAGUUUCUCAUAACAGUGUCUAUAACCUUUCAACUCCAAUGAUUUAUAUUUACAGUAAAACACUAGGUCAUUUUAGAUGCUCUUCUCUUUUACGUUCAACAAUACAAAAGUUGUAUGCCCUUCAAACCCAUCAACUGUCUUCGUCUCUCAAAUCCAUCUCUACUUCCACAAAUCAACACUCAUUUACAGUCAAUUACCUCAUCAAUUCAUGUGGGUUGAGUCCAAAAACUGCUAUUUCAGCUUCCAAGAAAAUCAAUUUUAAAACCGUAGACAACCCAGAUUGUGUUCUCAAUUUUUUCAAGAACCACGGAUUCAGCAAAACCCAGAUCUCAGAUAUCAUGAGGAAAAGCCCAAAACUUCUCUUAUCGGAUCCCAAUAAAACCCUUUUGCCCAAAUUCCAGUUCUUUUACUCUACUGGCCUUUGCAGAACUGAGCUCGCGAAGAUGGUAUCCAAUCACCCAUUUAUAUUGCACCGGAGCUUGGAGAACCAUAUCAUCCCAUCUUUAACUUUGUUCAUAAAUUUACUUCAUCCAGAUGAUAAGUUUAUCACGGCCGUUAAACGAUUUCCUAUGAUUAUAAAGGGCUAUCGCAGUGCUACUACAUUCUCCAACAUUGAAAUUUUGAGACAACAUGGCGUGCCAGAUUCGAACAUUGUGUACCUAAUUACUGCUCGUGGUAGUUUACUCAACUUAAACCCUGAUAGAUUAAAUGAGGUAGUGGAGGAUGUUAAGAAAAUGGGUUUCAACCCUUCGAAAUUACAGUUUGCUAUAGCGGUUCAGGCAUUGAAGUGGAUGAGCAAAGCAACAUUGAAAAGGAAGAUGGAGGUUUAUGAGAAGUGGGGUUGGUCUGAGGAAGAAACAAUGUUGGCUUUUACAAAAUAUCCGUGGUGUAUGACGACAUCCGAGGAGAAGAUAAUGGCGGUGUUGAAUUUUUUUGUCAACACGAUGGGUUGGAAUCCUUCCCAAAUUGCCCAUCAUCCGGAAUUACUGUCACUGAGCUUGGGUAAGAGGAUAAUUCCCAGGUGUUCGGUACUUCAAGUUCUGUUGUCGAAAGGUUUGAUUAAGGAACCCGUUAGUCAACGGACAUUGUUGAGGUCCAGAGAGAGUUUGUUCCUCAAGACGUUUGUAACCUGUUAUGAGGAAGCUCCUCAGUUGUUGAAACUAUAUCAAGGAAAAUUGGACCUAAGAUAGCCAUUUCAAUGGAAUGUAGAACUCUAAUGAUGAAUUCGGGAAAGCAACCGGACAUUCGGACCAAGUUCAGAUGAUGACUCAAGGGUAUGCCAGGCCCCGAGCACACUAUUGAGGAGAAUACAACUCAAACGGGGACCGAAAGCCAAGCCGAGAAGCAUCCAGGGCAAAAGGAGAAGGCAAGGCCCAAGGCAGCUAUGAGCGCUCGGGCCAAGCCAUCCGAGUGCUCAAAGGGCACCGCAGCCCUUUCCCCGCGCGCGCAAAGACCAGCAUCCUGACAAGCUCCGAGCACUAGGAGGAUGCCCUUCGAGCGGUAGCAUGACAACCCCCGAACACCCUAUUCCCAGUCGAGCGCUCCAAAUUGCACUCCAGCGGCCAACUUCUAAUACCGAGUGCUCGGACCCCUACCUACGAGCGCUCGGACCUGCUUCUGACUACCAGGUUUGUUGACUUUAAAAAGUCACUUUUAGCCUAUGUUUUGGGGGAAUCUUGUCUUCUUGUCUGCAGAUGAAGGGACACGAAUUGGGAGCCCAUAAUUCUGAUAUGAGGUAGCUACAAUAGGGGAGAAUAUAUUCUCUUAAAUAAAAAAAUCAUGGACUAUUCUAGAUCUUGGUCUUAGAUAGCUAGAGAGAGAAAGAUUGGGAGUAGAAGACAAGGGCAUAGAUGGAGCUCGGGAAGAAUAGGAUUUUAGCUCCAAUGGAGGCUUCCACCUUGCCUAUGAGCAGCUAAUUCUUCCCCUGGGGGGCUGAUGUAGCCCAUUCCAAGUAACUAUGGCUUAAUUUGUAUCUAUACUUUGGGGAAAUUUCUGUUUUGUGUAACAAGUUAUGUAGCUUUGAGGAUUACAUUUGUAGAACUCUUGUAAUUAAUCUUAAUGUUAAUAUUCAUUCUUGAUGAUGUAUGUUUCUUGUCUUGGAAUAAAUUCUGUCUAGAUUUGAACUUUAAACCAUUCCUAU